AUGGAUAGUUCUGCAAACUUUCCCAACCCUGUCUAUCAUUUCAAUAUUGCUCUCUGUUUCCUCUUGUUUUUAGCCUCUUCAUGCCCAAACACUAGUGAACUCUGCUUGGGAGAUGGCCUUCCAGUUGUGAAAUGCAUCGACACAGAGAGAAGCGCGCUUCUCAUCUUUAAGGCAGAUCUUAUCGAUGCUUCAGGUAGGCUAUCAUCUUGGGAGGGUCAAAAUUUCUAUCAAUGGAAAGGGAUUUCAUGCAACAACCGCACUGGUCAUGUUGAAAAGAUGGACCUCCGCAAUACAAGUCCAGCUCCAUCUAUUGAUGCUGAAGACCAGGAGUUUGAGGCUUAUGAAGAGUCCUUUUUGGGGGGUAAGAUAAAUCCUUCUUUGCUUAGCUUGAAAUAUAUGAGUUACUUAGACUUGAGCACGAAUGGCUUUCAAGGGCUUCAAAUUCCUAAGUUCUUUGGUCAGCUUAAAAGUCUGAAGUAUCUUAAUGUCUCAUCUUCAUCUUUUGAGGGACAGAUUCCACCACAUCUUGGUAACCUAUCAAACUUGAACUAUCUUGACCUCAGCGGUAACUAUUUAUUGGAAAUUUCUUCCAUAAAUUUGCAUUGGCUUUCUCAUCUCUUCUCUCUAAAAUACCUCAGUCUGACUGAAGUGGACCUUAGCAAUGCAGGAGCUAGUUGGCUACAUGUUGUUAACAUGCUUCCUUCCAUGCUAGAGUUACACUUGUCUAGAUGCAACAUUGAAAGCCUUCCACCUUCACUUCACACCAUGAACCUCACAUCACUUUUGAUCCUUGAUAUGUCAUUCAAUGAUUUUAAGUUCCCAUUUCCAAAGUGGGUCUUUAAUCUAACUAGCCUCAGAGAACUUCACUUGGCCAAGAAUUCUUUCAGCGGUCCCUUUCCCAAUGAUUUCGUUAACCUGAAAUCAUUGGAAGAACUUGAUUUACCUCUUAAUGGCCUUCACGGUCAAAUUCCCAAAUUCUUUGGAAAUCUUUGCAACCUAAAGACCUUAAUUCUUGCGGGAAACGCAUUUGAUCAGGGUAUUCUAGAGUUUUUGGAUGGUUUAUCAGGUUGUGCAAAUAAUAAGUUGGAGUCACUAGACUUGUCUAGUAAUAUGCUGGUAGGCGAAUUGCCUGCCUCCUUAGGGAUGCUCCCCCAUUUGCAGUACCUUAACCUCUUUGACAAUCAUUUGAAUGGAUCCAUCCCGGAAAGUUUGGGACGACUCUCUGAGCUAGUUUAUUUAGACCUGUCGGGCAACUCAUUGGUAGGCUUUUUAACUGAAGCCCAUUUCAUAGAUCUCGCCAAGUUAAAAUACAUUGCGCUAGGCAAUAUUAGUAUAUUCAGUAUCCCCAACCUGCUUCCUUCCAUCAUUUUCAAUGUGGCUUAUGAGUGGGUUCCUCCUUUCAAGCUUGACACCAUUUACAUCAGGAGCUGUCAAAAGUCGUUAGUCUUUUCUCUAAGAAGCAACAACAUUUCUGGAGAGUUCCCUCAAGCAAGGAGUAUGUGGAGUGACAUAGACAUUGUAGAUGUUGGAGACAAUCAUCUCUCAGGAAAUAUUCCCAGUUCAAUGGGUAUCCCAUGUUCACUUUUUAUGUUGUCGAUGAAGAACAACAAAUUCGAUGGUGAAAUCCCGAUGGCCUUGGGAAAUUGCACCAAACUGAGGAGUAUUGAUCUUGGCGGUAAUAGAUUUACUGGAAACCUACCUUCAUGGAUAGGAACAAAUGUAUCCAAGGUGUUUAUCUUACGGCUGCCAUCCAAUUAUCUAAGUGGACAUAUUCCCCAGCAAUUGUGUAAUCUUGGCUACCUUCACCUCCUAGAUCUUGGUCAUAACCACCUCUUAGGUACUAUACCAAAGUGUUUGAAUAAUAUGACUGCUCUAACAGAUGUCAAUUUCAAUGCUUAUCCCUUACAUCAGGCGUAUGAACAACAAAUAAUGGUGACCAAAGGAAGAGAAUUCCAAUAUAACAAGACUCUGAGGUGGGUAAAAAGCAUAGAUCUUUCCUCAAAUAGUUUGGAAGGUGUAAUCCCUGAAAAAAUAUGCAGUCUCUUCGCAUUGGUUAUCUUGAACUUGUCGAUGAAUCAUCUAAGUGGAAAUAUUCCCUCGAAAAUUGGAAACUUGCGGUUGCUCGAAUUCCUUGAUCUCUCAGUCAACCACCUUUCGGGACGAAUUCCUCAAAGUAUUUCAUCUUUAACCUAUUUGUCUCACUUGAAUUUGUCUUACAAUGAAUUGAGCGGAAGAAUUCCUUUGGGCAACCAACUUCAAGCACUUGAUGAUUCAACCAAUAUUUAUGGGGGCAAUCCAUCACUCUGUGGGUUUCCCCUUUUAAACAAGUGCCCAGGAGAUGACACACCUCCACAACCCACUUUUCCUCGUGGGAAAAGACAUGAAGAUGAUAAAAAGCUUGGUUUCUACAUCAGCGCAGUGCUCGGCUUUGUCGUAGGCUUUUGGGGUGUUUGUGGCACAUUACUCAUAAAGAAGUCAUGGAGGUAUGCCUACUUUCAAUUUUUUGAUAGCAUCCAAGAUAAGGUAGCGGUGGUAGUUGCAUUGAAAAUAGCCCAUUUCCAGAGGAAAAUUUAA